GGCGGGGGAUGAAGUAUAGGAUUACACAGCUAUUUCGGUGCAGCCACGUCAGUUUCGAGAUCCACCAUUUUUAAGACACAAGUUUACCGAGUCUUUGUUUUGCUCAUCUUUGAAGCGAGUAGGAACCGAGGUCCAUCUUUAAGAUGAAUUCUCUAUGGUUGGUCGCCCUUCUUGGGCUCGUUGUCGUCUGCAACGCAGGUACACUCAAAGGUUGUGGCGAGUGUGACAGAAGUGCCUGUCCGUCCGUCUCGUGUCUGGCGGGGAAGACACAAGAUGAGUGCAAAUGCUGCGAGAUUUGCUUGAAGAUGGAGGGUGAGGAAUGUAACCACAAACUGAAGCCUGAGGGGUACGGCGACUGCGGCACCGGACUGAAGUGCAGCAAGGUGGACGUCGGGCACUACUGCCUUUGCGAAACUGAUGAAAUCAUCUGCGGCAAAGAUGGCGUCACAUAUAACAACGUAUGUCAGAUGUUUGCUGCCGAGGCAAGGAGCGGAAAAAAGAUUCAGAUUAAAAAGUCUGGACCCUGCGAACCAGGUGCAACGAUCGUGACUCCCCCCGAGUUCACGCGUAACUACACUGGUGGAUCUGUGGUUUUGUCCUGCGAGGCUGUCGGCAACCCCACCCCCAACAUCGCCUGGCUCUUCACCAGAGUGGACGGCAAGUCCUUCUCCGUGCCAGGGGAUGACCAGUACAUGCUGACCGCCGCCCGUGGUGGCCCAGGGGCCUUCCAAAUCACCGGCUGGCUGCAGAUCGAGGGCCUGAAGAAGUCCCACGAGGGUGACUACACCUGUGUGGCCAAGAACUCGGAGAGCAAGGACUACGCCAAGGCGAGAAUCAAGGUCGUUGAUGGAUCUUUGGUGUGAGUGAACCACCUAUAAGCUGAAGCUCACCUGGCAACAGUUUGUUUAUCUGUCCGUCUGUAUGUUUGUCUGUCGGUCACGUGAUUGCAGCAGGGAAACAAGCAAGUAUUAAGAAAAGACUAUCCAAUCACUGUUAUGCGCUUCGUCGCCAUUUUUUGCUCAUUUCCGUACUCCGCGACUUGCACGUGAUGUGCCGAUCCAACAGCUGUAGAGAAAACUCUCAACCUUGGAGCAGAAAUACUAGUUUUUCAACAUCCUGUCUUUUGCACUAGUUGACAAGUCAACGUGCAUGUAAUCGCUUGCCAGUCAGACCUGCAAACGACUGUAAAAUAGAUCAAGUAAGCCAAGUGUCUCGGACCUGUUUUUUCAUUCACACAUGAUCGGAGUUUGUUUACGGACAUAGCCGAUGUCAGCCGAAUGAACUGAUACUGAUUCCAGAUCAGAAAUUUGCUCUGAAGAAACCGGUUUCCGUUUGGUGACGCGUGUAAAGUUACCUUGCUUGAUUCCCUGUCUGCUGAUUAUACUGAGUGAUUGUAUAGCACGCAUAUCGAUAUUUAACUUUAUUGAUUUCAAAUGGUGCUAGAGAUUAAAAAUCAAAUCAUUGUGUAAACUAUAUACUUAUACCAUUGAUGUUAGGCCUUUCAUAAUUUCCCAUGAAUGCAUAAUUGUGAUAUACUGGUUAUUGUGGUACACAUCUCCGAGUAUUUGUCAAAAUAUUAGCUCAAUACCAAACUGACUGUCGUUGCUGAACUUCAUGCUUCAGCCUUUGUACCAGGUGUUCAAGCUUUCUUUGAAAUGUGAACAUUGUAUUUGUUGAUUUGUCAUGAUGUACAAAGCCAAUUUAGAAACUUUGGAUCUUUAAAUAAAAUUCAGGAUUUUGAUUAAGCGAGAUUAAAAUGAUUUCUAUAAAUCUAGUCACAAGAUAUUUCUAAAUCGUGCAAUAAAUUGUUAAUCUAA